AUGUCGGGCAAUACUUACCUUCUAGUUGCCCUUCCUUCCUCUAUUUCUCGCUCGAACGACCCGGAAGAUGCGUUCACUGCAAUCCAGUCCACAGUUCCCUCUGAUGCAGGGACAAUCUUGCGUUUCCCAAUUCCAGAAUUCAAAAUUGGGACGCUAGACGCGCUCGUGCUUCAAGCAGAUGAGCUUACAAAGCUAGACGCAAAUGUGGAAGGUGCGGUAGGGAAGGUUGUGGAGGUUCUAAGAAGUAUAGUUAGCAGCCCACAAGAGACAGAAAGACACAAGACAGUUAGUGAUAAGCCAGUGGAACAUUAUCUGAGGAGCUUCUCCUGGAAUAAGGUCAAAUACCGUAGCGACAAGUCAAUCGCGGAGCUUCUAGAUGCUCUACAGAGGGAAGUAUCUUCGCUCGAUAACGAUAUCAAGACCAAAUACACCGCCUACCAACAAGUCAAAAGCAAUCUGGUCUCGGUCCAGCGAAAACAAACUGGUAACCUUUCUACUCGCUCCUUAGCCUCUAUUGUUAAGAAGUCAGACUUCGUACAAUCUUCCGAGUAUCUCGAAACACUGCUCAUCGCCGUCCCUAAAUCCUUAUCCAAAGAUUGGCUCCGCACCUACGAAACAUUAACCCCUAUGGUCGUUCCACGCUCCUCCAAAAAGAUUGCAGAAGACAACGACUACGCUCUCUUUUCGGUAACGCUGUUCAAGAAGCAUUCUGCCGAAUUCAUCAUCAAAGCCCGCGCUGCCCGAUAUACCCCUCGUGAAUUCCAGUGGAGGGAAGGAGCAGAGGAGGAAGACAAAAGAGAGGCGAUGGAUGUCCAGGCCAAUGAGCGAAGAUUAUAUGGUGAUACCCUAAGGCUUGCGAGAACGGGAUAUAGUGAUCUAUUCAUGGCCUGGACCCAUGUUAAGGCGCUCAGAGUCUUUGUGGAGAGCGUAUUGAGAUAUGGGCUACCUUUGGAUUUCGUUAGUGUUAUUAUUCAGACCAACCCAAAAAACGCAAAAAAUGUCAAGAAGCCCCUCGACAAAGCCUACAACUACCUUGGCGGCAACGCCUUCGGCCGAGACAAAAAGGGGAACAUCAAAGACGAUGUUGGUGAUCUUGCCACCGGUAUCAUGGGAGAUGCGGAGUAUCCUGCUUAUUGUUAUUUUGAAUUCGAGGUAGCGUAA